CAACACUCUUCUGGCUUUGGCAAGGGCGUCGACCCCUUUUCGGCCCUCAGCGCUCCGCCAAGCGCAAGCGCACCUACGGCAUCUCCGUUCCAGAGCUUUCUCAACUCGUUAUCGUCCUCCGGUGCUGCUGGCUUGGCGACCGCAUUAGAUCCCCUCGGCUACGCGCGACAGGCUGCAUUCAGCUCCAGUUUGGAUGCGGCCAACUCGGAUGAUUUGCCGUUUGACACCCUUUCCUUGAAAGCCAGCAGCGAAACAAGCUCUGGCGCAAACCUGGCAGACUCGGGCAUGCAAUUCAUUGCCUUGCUGGAUGACGAUGAGGCUGCGCUAUUGCAGUCGUCACUGGCGAGCGGCGUACUAUCACACAACCCACUAAGUGCCUUGCCGGACAUGGUUGUUGAUGCGACACAUCCACAUCCUCCGGGUGCCAUUUCCCAAGCCCCCGUUGCCAUGCCAAACGCUUCAUUCACGGCCGCAACGUCGGGUGGCGCUGGGCAGGAGUUCUCACCGGCCAAUUAUCUUGCCCACGAGUUGGUGAGCCAUCCCAAGCAGCAUCUCCCGUUCUCGCACCUGCUCAGGCAGCUGCAGCAGCGCGAGAGCCAGCGCAUGCUCGAGCCGGCACCGCAACCACCGAGUGGACAGCGGCAACCGUCGGGCUUGGAGCCCAUCUCGCCCACCGCAAGCUCGUCCCUCGCCUCGUCGCCCUCGUCGACAGACGCUGCGGACGAAAACGACCGUCGGCUCACUAUUCCCCGGAUUCCGCGGCCCAUCCCAUACAUUUCAGAGAACGAACUGCGGUGCAAGAAUGUGUUUGUAUUCAUGCCAGACUUCCAAGGCGACCCUGUCACGGACUUUUUGAAGGGUUCGUCCCGCAAGACCAGAGCGCUCAUUCAACGAAGCGAAUCAGCCUUUGGCGUUACUAGCGAGCUGUCUUCCAGCCUGAUCAGCAGACCAAGCUCACCCAUCUCCGACCUUUCCAGUAGUAGCAAAGACGGUCGGUGUGUCAAGGUUUUGUGCGCAGACCAAGCAUGGUUCCAAGCUGGCGAUAUCUCGGUUCAACGACUGCUUGCGUUGCUGGCAGACAUGCGCAAGACUAUUCUCAUGUAUCGCAGCAACAAGCGCAACCCGGCCCUCAGACAGUCGCUCAUGACUGGCGUGCGCGAAUCGCUGCUGCUGUGGGAGCGCAUCCGACCGAAAUUCUUCUCGUCGGGCGCCAUUCCACGCUACGUGCCCGGCGGCGGUGUCGACGAGCGUGGCAUGGCAUGGCCCAGCUGUGUCUGGGACAUUAAUGCGCAAGUUAUUGAUGCGAACGACGCUUUGUGCAAGCUUUCGGGCUACUCGUUCCAAGAAAUUAUCGAAGACCUUCGCAUGCUCUGCAGUCUUCUCGACACACGCGACGCCGCCCUCGCAGCGCUCUGCCACCUCGUGUCUGUGCAUUCUCGCGUGGCAUACUACGAAUGCUCGUUUACCUUGCUCACGCGGUCUGGGUUUUCCGCGCGCAUCCGGCUCAAGGUGCACAUUGUGCGCUCCGAGCCUGAUGGUAUUUACUUGCGCUCCGUGGGCUACUUCCACCUCGAGUAG